ACUAGUUGCUUGGACAAAACUGACAAAACUAAGGUGCAAGGUGCAUUAACAAAAAAAAUGUCUGCUGAUUUUUCAUUUCAUAAACGAAUUGAUACAAACUCAGAUCUUCCACCUAAUCGUGCUAAUGAUUUAUCAAUUAUUGAUGAGAAACUGACACAAUUUUUCAUAGGAUGCAAUAUACCAUUUAGCGUUGUUGAAUCAACUCAAUUUAAAGAGCUUGUUAACUCUUUGAAUCCAAAUUAUAAACCACCAUGCAGAAAAACUCUCUCAGGUACGCUACUAAAUAAGCUACACAACAAAAUAUCAAGUGAACACAGAAAAAUUGAUGAAUCUGAAGGAGUAAUAGUAAUUGAUGGUUGGAAAAAUUCGGUUGCAAAUACAAAAAAUGUUGUAUGUAUAAUUCAUACAGCAAAUGAACCAAGUUUUUUUUUAAAUUCUUGGGAUUUUACAUCAAUGUCCGAAGAUACGCAACAAUUAACCAAAGUUGUUGAAGAAGCUGUCAAUAUGGCCAAAACGGACUAUAACAAAAAUAUCUAUGCCGUGGUUUCUGACAAUGCUCCAGUUAUGACAGCAAUGGGUAAAGCUGUAAAUUUAUGGCACGCAGGAUGUAGUAGUCAUAAUGGCAAUUUACUUGCCAAGGAUCUUAUUGAUAAAACAUUUGCGGAAUCUAUAAAUACAAUCUUACGUGCAUUUAAAGCUCCGAAUUUAGAAAGGGAGGUAAUAAAACUUGGAGGAAUGAAAAUGAAAUUGGCUUGUGAAACUCGUUGGUGUAGCUAUCGUGAUGCAUUUCGAUGUUGUUUAAAAAAUCUAGACAUAAUGAAAAAAAUUGUGAACGAUAAAUUAAAUGAGGAGUCUCUCAAGAAAGUUAAAAAGCAAAAUACAGAAAAAGACAAAUUAUUUACCUUAAAUAAUUUGCUUUCUGACGAUUCUUUGAUAACAAAGUUGCAAGAUUAUAUAGUUUUAUCUGAUCCUGUCUGUUCAUUAAUAAAUAAAUGUCAACAAUCAAAGUGUACUUUACCUGAUGCUGCUGAAGAAUGGAUGAAGUUGAAUAUUCCGACUGAGAAUGAAAAAACUCAAGAGAUUGUCAAAAAACGAGUCGAUAAAGUACUUACGCCUAUUUUAUUAGCAGCAAAUUUAUUGCAUCCGGUUUACCAAGGUAAACAGUUUCUUCAUGUAGAAAAAUACCGUUUAAAAGCUCUUGAGUUUAUAAAACAAGAGUUAAAUGAAACUUCGUACCAUGAAUUACAUGCGUAUCAAAACAAAUCUGCAAUUUUUGGCACUUUAUUGAAAAAAGAAACUAUUCCUCCACAAUUGUUUUGGCAGAUGACUGAGAAUUUAUAUCCUAGUAUAUCAAAAUUAGCACAAAAAUUGAUUAAUAUUCCAGCAUCAUCAGCACAAAUUGAACGAUUAUUUUCCAACUGGUCAUUUGUUCACUCAUCUCUACGAAAUCGAUUAACAGUUGAGCGCUCCGAAAAAUUAGUCGAUAUUUACUAUUCAUUAAAAAUGAACUCUGGAACUUCUAAAUAA